AUGGACUCCCAGAAGGAGAGGCGGAAUAAAAGGGAGAGAUAUGGCUGUUGUCACAGAUUUUAUUCGCUGUUUUUGUUUGCGAUAAUAGCAGUAGUCGUCCAAUUGGGCGCCUCCUUUACUGACGGUUCAAUCAGACGUCUUGGUACUCAUCAGAGAAUAAUUUCAUCGGAAACUCCGAUUCUUACGACAACAUCUGGACAACUAAAAGGUCUUCAUGUGAUUAAAACCAAACGAGUCGAAGGUUACCAAUAUUUAGGUGUACCUUAUGCUGAGCCACCGGUCGGUAAUUUGCGAUUUCAGAGACCGCAAGAACUAAAUGAAAGCAAAAUAUUAAGAGAUGUGACAGAAUUGGCGCCAACUUGUAUUCAAAUGAGACAUUUACCACAACUUAUUAAUCCACUUCUUAAUGUCGAUGAAGAACAUAAAACCUCAGAGGACUGUCUUUAUCUUAACAUAUACGUCCCAAAACAACUGUCCACAGCAAAGCAUACAUCAUUACCUAUAAUGGUUUGGCUUCCAGGAGAAGGCUAUGACUUUGCUGACGCCCGACAAUUUGACGGCUCAUUUUUGGCAUCAUUAGGAAAUGUUAUCGUCAUAACAGUUCAGUAUAGAGUUGGUGUCUUUGGUUUCUUGAAAGCUGAUGGGUUGGCCUCUGGAAAUAUGGGUCUUUGGGAUCAAAUAAUGGCUCUCAAAUGGAUCAGAAAAAAUGCAAACGCUUUCGGUGGUGAUUCCGAUAACAUUACAGUAUUUGGUCGCUUCACUGGUUCAAUGUCUAUAUCAAUAUUGUUGACCUCACCCGUAGUCCGAGAUAUGAAUCCAUCACUUUUUAAACGAGCCAUUCUUUUAAGUGGUAUUGCAGUCGGAAAAUGGGUUUUUGAAGACAAUCCUUAUAUUAAAGCCAACCAAUUAUUAGAAAACUUGAAAUGUAAAGAUAAAGAUUGUCUCAACAGAAUUAAUGCACAGACUAUACUUGAAAAGGCUUCUUAUGGAUGGAAACCGACGUUUGAUUUGGAAUUGAUUGAAGAGGAACCGCUUAAAGUCUUAGAAAAGGGUGUCUUUGCCAACGGUGUUACUGAUAUAAUGUUGGGCACCAAUAAAGUCGAGGGUAGUCUAUGUCUACUGACUCACUUCGCCGCCAAAACUCGAUUUUAUGAGAAAAUAAUAAAUAAUAAAUUGACUGAAAAUGAUUUAUUAGAGAUGAUUGAAAACGAUAUGAAAAUGUUUUUCAAUCAAAACGAGAAAAAUAAUUCAAUGAGUUAUCAAAACCGAGUUUUCAUCUCAUCGUUGGUCAACAAAAACCAAAACACAUCUCUUCGGGAAAAGUAUUUGGAAUUCUGUUCGACACUCUUUAUCACAUCCCAUAUGAAGAACUUUAAUAAAUUGGUACUCAAAAGACAAAUUGCAAAUCAAAAUGAUGUCACAAAUACUCCAAUCAACACAUUCAUGUAUGAAUUGCAAUAUCGGCCGUCCUUUUCGAUUGCUCCCCAGUUUAUAGAGUCUGCCAUUCAUGGCGAUGAUGUCUUAUUGGCAUUUGGUCUCAUCCAUAACUCACCUGUACUUUCAAAUAAAGAUGACGAGAAUAUGACUCAAUUAUUGGUUAAAUCGUUCACAAACUUUGCUGCUUUUGGUGAUCCCAAUGGUUUGGAACCAACAACAGACAACUUGUGGUCAAACAAUGAUAUUUCAUUAAUAAAGUCUAAAGUGGAAACAAUUACAAACAAAUCACCGAAAGAUACAAUUUCCGUAACACAACUGUUCCUCUUUAGUUCAACUGCUGAAGUGCUCAUCACUUUUCUGACCACAUCUACGACAAUCUUAGCCCUUUUGGCCACAAUAUUGAUCUGUUUUAUCAUUUUUACUCUUCAUAAACAAAGGCAUAUAAUUGUAGAUCACAAGAAAGAAAGCGCUUUAUUAUGA